AGGAGCCUGUCAGGAGUCAGGCAGGAGCCUCGUUGUGUCUCUGGUUGUGGGGAAGCGCUGAGGAGAUGAAAUGAGGAAAGUCGACCUUUCCUUACUUCGCCUCAUGGCGGGGACGGUUCCCGCCCUUGCCGUGACAGCAGCUUGCCAGGGAGACAUGCGGGGAAGAAGCGGGACAAAGUUCCGCUUAACAGAGGCAGCCGCGCCCAGAAUUUAGCCUUUUAAGAGGGAAGGCGAGCGAGAAGGCAGCACGGUGGGGAAAGGGGAUAGAGAAACGUUUGCUUCCCUCGUGGCACCGCGGGCAACCGGCGGGUGAAGCUGAGGGUUGAGAGAUUAAAGACGGAUAAAAGGAAGUACUGUACUUCAUGCAAAAGCUCAGGGUUAAACUAUGGAACUCUCUCCCACAGGAGGCAGCGAUGGCCAACAACCUAGAUGGCUUUAAAAGAAGAUGAAACAGAUUUAUGGAGGAGAGAGAGCGCGCGCGCUAUGGAUGGCUAUUAUUAGCUCUGCCUCCAUGGAAAUCGCAGGAGGGGAGAGGGCUCCUGAGCUUGAAUCCUGCUAGCUGGUUUCCCAACUGUGGUUGGGCCACAGUGAGAACAGGAGGCUGGACUAGAUGGACCAUCCUUCUGAACCAGCAGACUGUUCUUAUGUUCUUAGCGGUCUCAAUACUGCCAGUACAGUAUGUAGAGUGGAGAUGAUUCUGUCCCAAACCGUAUGCUGUUUGCUGGUUAUUAUCUCUAACUUGUACUUUAUAGAAGGAUGGUCAAUCUGGUCUGUAGCAGCAAGUGCAAUAAAAACUCCUCCCGUGGCACCUUGAAGAUGGAGAAUAAGUUAGCCCACAAAAACUUUCCCUGUAAUAAUGAAUUUUGGCUGCUUUCGCAUAGCAGUUUGUUCCAUUUUCACUAGUUCUCUGUAGCUGUUAAUUUCCACAUUACUGUAUAUCUGAGCUUUCACACUAUGUGAAAGAUGGUUCCAGGACUGCAGUGGAAAAUUGUGCAGAUUUAGCACUUAUUUCCAUAUUUGUAAAUGGAUUUUUUUCCUGGAAGCAAAUAAUGUGGAAAUGAGCACGAAUCUUGCCCUAUUUUCCUCUAUAGUUCCAGAAGUGACUUUUAUGUCAUGUGAAAGCUCACAUGUAAUGUGAAGCUUAAAAGGGAAAAGACAUGAAAAUAGAAUAAACUGCCAUGUGAAUGCAGCCUCAGUCUUUAAGGUGUUACAAGACUUAUUGUUUUUAUAUAAUUUUUAUGUGCACAUGUAAUUCCGUAUAUAUACUAAGUAACUUGGGACACCUGGUUUAACUGUGAAUUCCUUUGUUUCCAGAUUAACCACAGACCUAAGCAGAUGCAAACCACUUAAAGUCUCACCCAGGAAAUAAUUCUCAUUAGAAGGUUGGAGGUUAACUCAUUUAUAAAGAGUUCUUCCACAAAGAGAGAUUGUAAGUUUUGUUUUGUAAAAUGUGACAAAGAUUCUGGUAUCCUGUUUUAAGAAUACUAGACAAAUCUCUCCCAGUGACAUGGGGCAGAACAUUUUUCCAUUUCAUAAGCUCAUUAGUAGUAAUGAAUGGGUGAAAAUUGGCCAGGGGUUUUAUUUUAAGCAUGUAUGUAGCUGUAACAUUUCAGGGAUAAAUGUUUAUCUUAAUAGAUAUACCAAUGGAGUUACACCUUGUUGUGACUUUGUUUCUAUGUCAUGGUCUGCAAAUGUUAUUGCAUUUCCUGAUUCUCCAUAAGACUCUCUUCAUGUGGCCCAUACCAAAACCAGUCAAACUGUUGAUGAAGAAUCUGUAUAUGUGCAUGAACGUAUUUACUGUAUAUGAAAAUCUGACCCUUACUUUUACAUGACCUCAACACUGCACCCUAAGGUGGCUCCUUUUUCUUGAGUGGAUUCUAGUUUGAAUACAACGGAUGCAGCUUUCUUCCAGCUUCCCCUGGUAUGGAUAUGAAGUGAUGGGAAAGCAGUUCCUAUUGUGCAGUUGUGGGCACUUAGUGCAUAUCAGAGAAAAGGGGACCAUUCUAGCAUGAUGUUUGCCCACUCAGACGUUGCUGCUGCCGCCAUGAGUGGGAAGUCACUGCUGCUGAAGGUCAUCCUCCUGGGCGACGGGGGCGUUGGGAAGAGCUCUCUCAUGAACCGCUACGUUACCAACAAGUUUGACUCGCAGGCUUUCCACACCAUCGGCGUGGAGUUCCUCAACCGGGACCUGGAGGUGGACGGGCGCCUGGUGACCCUCCAAAUUUGGGACACGGCUGGGCAGGAGCGCUUCAAGAGCCUGCGGACCCCCUUCUACCGGGGGGCCGACUGCUGCCUGCUGACCUUCAGCGUGGAUGACCAGCGGAGCUUCUACAACCUGGGCCACUGGCAGAAGGAGUUCCUCUGCUAUGCCAACGUGAAGGACCCUGAGCGCUUCCCCUUUGUGGUGCUGGGCAACAAGGUGGACAAGCUGGAGAGGCAGGUGAUGCCCGAAGAGGCCCGGGCCUGGUGCACGGAACACGGCAACUACCCCUACCUGGAGACAAGCGCCAAGGACGACACCAAUGUGGCCGUGGCCUUUGAGGAAGGUGUGCGGCGGGUGUUGGCCGUGGAGGAACAGCUGGAACGCUGCGUGCUGGGCAGUUCCAUCAACCUGCAUGCCAGCAGCAAGGCAGGCUCUUCCUGUUGCUGAACAGCCAAGGGGGUGGGUGGGAAGGGCAUGCCCUGGAAUGGUAAAGGCCUGUGGGGGGUUGGGUGGGGGGCCCUCGGGCUGUAGUCAGAGUAGGGGCAGGGGGCUUAGAUAAGUGUUCAACAUCCCCAUUAACCAGGCAUAUUUUGCGACUGGUGCCGGUCCAAUUGUGACAUUCUGUAGAUCUCUGGAUGCCAGGUUGGCGAUGAACAUCUCCAUCUGGGUGGUCCCUCCAGUUUUCUUAAGUGGGUCAGCAGAAGAGCUUAUUUAUUGCAUAUAUAUCCCACCUUUUUCUCCAAGGAGUCCACAGUUCAGUUAAUCCCUACAAAAACUCCAUGAGGUAAAUGAAGAAGCUGCAACUGACUCCAAGGUCACCUGAGUGGGGAUUUGAACCCAGACGCCCCAGGUCUUAGUCCGACACUAUAACCACUGCACCACACUGGCUUCCUAUAGUACUUCUGCUCUGGGGCAGCUUUAUAAAUUAAGUCAGUAAAUAAAUAAAUAUGGGAAAAGCAGAAUGUCCCUUAGAGAAGGAUCUGAAAUAUUUUCCUGGGAGCUUGAAUUUGUUUUAUUCUGGAUAGUUUUAUUGGAUGUUUUAAUACAUUGUUGAACACCUUGAGAUGUUUUCUUUAAAAUGUAAAGUGGUAUAGAAAUGAUAGUAAUAAUAAUAACAACAACAACAACAACAACAACAACAACAAUAAUAAUAAUUUCAUUUUUUAAAGAAAUGGUGCCUAGACAUUCUGAUAGGCAACCGUAACCUAGAUUUAAGGUGCUGUUUAGCAAUUAUCUUAACUAUCUGAGUUUCUAACACUGUUUGAGACCCAUUGGCUACCUUUACCUGGUUUAGCUGGCCAGUUGAAGCUGUUCCUGGGAUGUGGCCGCUGUCACAUGCUAACAGUUUCUAGGAGCCACAGAUGAGAGCUGAGUGCAGAGUGAGGACCCAAGGUAAACCUAUACAGUGGUACCUCUACUUACGAAUUUAAUGCGUUCCGAACGCACAUUCGUAAGUAGAAAAAAAUUGUAAGUCGAAUACCAUAGGAAUGCAUUGGGAGAAAAAAUUCGUAAGUCGAAGCAACCCUAUCUAAAAAUUCGUAAGUAGAAAAAAUCCUAUCUAAACCGCAUCCAAGAUGGCGGACGGAGCUCCGUUCGUAAGUAGAAACAUUCGUAAGUAGAGUUAUUCGUAAGUAGAGAUACCACUGUACAUAGUGCCCCACCUAUAAUUACCCUGUCUAUCAUCUAGGAAGGAAAUGGAGGCAAGGAAGGACAACAAGAAGGGCUGCUCUACUCCGACUGUCUCCUCUGCCACCCUCCCCCCUGGGCAGGCAGACACUACUUGUAUAUGCUGUAUUGGAGGGAGGGAGGGCGAUAGGUAGGGACAAUUGGAUUGCCCCCUCUCCUCCCUGCUCCAGUUGGACCACCCCCUCUCCUCCACAGGGCCAAUAGAGACCAUAUUCCCUGUGGGAGUGACAGGGAGAGUGGGGGAAGCCGGGAUAAAAUCAGGGCCUGCUCCAUUUGGACUGUGCCGCCCACCACCACUAAAAGAUGCAAUUGGAGUCAGCCUGUGGCAUUUCUGUUCAGGGCCCAAAUUUAUAAAAGAUAAAAAACAGUAGUCUAUUCCAAUAGCCAUCAUUGGUGAUAAUGCCAGUUUUCUAGCUACAUAAUCCUAAUUUGAUAUGCCAAUUUAAUGCCCAUAGUAGCAUGCUGCUUAAUUCAGACUUAAUCAGAACUGUGGGUUUUAUUCAUCCACAGUUCUGAUUAAGUCCAAAUUUAAUAGAUGGGAAUCAGAUUUGCUGAUUAAUUCUAGUUCACCCAGUUGAGAUUCCUACUGCCUUUUUAUGGCUGAAGUAAGGUGACUUCGAGUCAGAAACAGAGUUGCUGAAAAGCUGAACAUUCUCCCACUGGCUUCUGAAUGCUGCUCUUGUUGGUUCUUAUCAAUGCAAGCUUAUGACACAAUGCACACAUAGGUUAGUUUUUAAGGUGCUAUAACAUACCAACAUGGCUGCCUUUCUAGAAAGUGUCAUUUCUGAGGAUUGUGAUAGAAAGAAAUAUUUUAUUUUAUUUAUUUUUAAUAUAUUUUUAAUAGAUAGAUAUGUAUGUGUAUUUGUCCUUUGUGAACCCUAACUCAACACAAGGCUCUCUGCUGGGCAAGAAAGCAUGGGGUCUCACAUAUGUGGGAGGAAUUAGGAGAGUCAAGUGUUUCUCUAAUGUGCACAGUGCUCAAAAUGGGGAGUGUCAUUCGUCCUGCAGUGAAUAUGUCAGAAAGGCAGAGUCACCUAGGGGAAACUGGGCAAAGCAGAACUCAGACGAUUGAAAUGAGACCAACUCUGCUCUGCAAAGAUGUCUGCAAACAUGACACGAAGGCUGGAUCAUCAAUCCUGCCAUGUGGGAAUCUCUUACAGACCACAGUGCCUGGAGACAGGCAAACAGGUCGUGCAUCCACAGCAGUGACCAGAAAAGGAGUGACCACUGGGACGAGCACAAAAAGAAGAAACGCCAUGAUGCAUUUGCAGCAGCACAACCUGAUGACUUCACCUUCCUCAACUGCAACAAAACAUCUCAUAUCAGCCUCUCUACAGCCACAGCAGGUGCUGUAACUCUCGAACGUUUGACUUCAUCCCCAAAGGUAUACUCCGUUGUCUCAUGAGACAGAAGGUGGUCAGCCUCCAUUGCCUCAUGAGGCAGAUGGAGGUUUAGGUCACCAAUAGCAAGUCAGGAUGGGUGAGAGGUUCAGGGUAAAUCAACUCUGCUGCACCCUGGGCCGUUCCCAUUUGUCCUGCUGUGUCCCCUCCACACACAGCCUCUCCUGCUGCAAUUAGGCUUGGGGGGGGGGGAAAGCUUUCUAUUUUAGAUAAUUCCUGGGUGGGGUGCUGUUUCAAGGGGGACCUUUUUUGAGGGCAUGUCUGGAUAAUGAAGGCUUAACUCCACUGGCCAUUUGGAGCUGGGGUUGAUGGUAAUUGGUGUGCAACAACCUCUGGAGGGAACCACGUUGGCUCUGUGUUUUAACUAAUGGAUUCUCUGCAGGGCUGCCUUUACAUGAUCUUUUUCAAACUUCACUUGGUUCAAAACACAGCAGCCCAGUUGCUACCUGGGACUUUAUUGGUGACAGUUCCCCCUCCCCACUACUCUGUAAGGCUAAAAUAUAUGAAAAGCAGUUGUGUGUGUGUGUGUGUGUGUGUGUGUGCCAGCCUAGUGACUGAGAUGUGCAUCAGAAGCCAUUCUUUAGGUGCUGCCAUAGGCAAUGGCAUACCUAGGGGUUGGCCAAGUUGGCCUCCAUUAGGAGCACGCAGUCUGGUGUGGGUGGGUGUAAAACUCGCGCCUCUCCAUGCAUGCUUCCCAGGCCACUCUUCCACUGCUCUGGGUGCCUGGGCAAGGUGUGCAGGCUCCUCUGGGUGCCUGGGUCAUAGCUGCCAAGUUUUCCCUUUUCUCGCGAGGAAGCCUAUUCAGCAUAAGGGAAAAUCCCUUUUAAAAAGGGAUAACUUGGCAGCUAUGGCCUGGGUGGAGGAAUCUGGUCAUGCAAGUCAUGUGGGGCACCAAUACUGGUGCCUGCCAAUUGCCCAAGGGGGCCUAGGUAUACUUCUGGCCAAAGGGUUGACUGGUGGCAACUAGAAAGAAGGUCUUGUCUUUCAUUGGGAGUUUUAGAACUCCCACCCAAGGAAUGUAAUUAAUUUAUUUAAUUGGAUUCUUUAUCCCAUCUUUUUCUCUUGACAAGCUCAAGGUAGCGUACAUGGUUCUCCCCCUUAUUUAAUCCCCACAACAACCCUGUGAGGCAGGUUAGGCUGAGAGGCAGCAACUGGCUCAAGGUCACCCAGUGAGUUUAAUGGCUAAGAAGGGAGUCAAACCCUUCCCAGGUCCCCAUCCAGUACUUUAACCACUAAACCACCUUACCAUUAUUCUCUUUUGGACUCUGGGCAAAAGUCAGUUUGGUUUGCCCAAGCUAUCAACACUGCUUACUAUUUAUUUGCUGGAGGGUAUUUUAUUGGUGUGAACUACUGCUUGCUUGUAUUCCCUUCUGUUUGAAAUGUUCUGGAUACAGUGGAAAGAAAGAUAUAAUCCUUACUAAAUUAAAUUAAAACCUCUAAAUAAAAUGCUAUCUGUAACACUGUUCCUGCAUCUAUGUGGACAUGCCUGUUUCCAGGCUUUAGUUUAGUUUAAAUGGUGCAGAUUGUACUGUAUAAUCCAAUUGGGUUUACAAAGUAACAUUCUCUCAGAUUAAAAGCAGUACCAGCACUCUGUUCUGCUACUGACUAAUUUCCCAGCACCUGGAUUUCCAUAAAGUCUAGCAUCAUCGACUACGGACUUAAAAUGUAUAGGAGGUACAGUAUUUCCUUAUCUUGAAUCCCAUUUAAUGAGAGAGCAGAAGCUUAGAAUGAGAGCAAUCUCCACAACAAAUGGAAAUCAUAUGUGAUCUUAGACAUUUUUAAAAAGAUUUCUGAUAAAUUAUAGAAAUUCCUCAGUCUUCCCAUAAAACAGGGCCAGAGAGCUAAGAGCACAUGUUGGGGCUUUCUGAGCACGAGCUAGUCUUAUACUACCAGACUCAGUCCUGAUGCUUUCAGAGUUGAACUAUUUUUACUACCAUUUCUGUAAAAGGUAAAGGUAAAGGGACCCCUGACCAUUAGGUCCAGUCGUGACCGACUCUGGGGUUGCGCGCUCAUCUCGCAUUAUUGGCCGAGGGAGCCGGCGUACAGCUUCCAGGUCAUGUGGCCAGAAUGACAAAGCCGCUUCUGGCAAACCAGAGCAGCACAUGGAAACGCCAUUUCUGUACAUGGAAGUAAACCACAUUUAAUUUGAGGCUACUGCAGCAAGUUACUGAAAAACCAUUCUGGAAGGCCCAGCAUAUCCAGCUCUGACUUAUUGAUAAGAGCUCACCUCACAACGCAACAGGUACAUGUAAUUUACGAAAGUGUUGUAGCAAACUUAAGCAUUACAUAAGAACGUGGGAAGAGCCUCAUGGAUCAGGCCAAUAGCUCAUCUAGUCGGCAUCCUAUUCUCACAGUGGCCAACCAGAUGCCCGUGAGAAACCGGUAAGCAGGAUUGGAGCACAGGACCACAGAUACUAAGAAGCACAAAGUUUUACUUUCAGUGAAGAUGGUGAUGCCGCACCUGGGGGAUUUCUGCCUGUCCUGCUGUUUUUAAAGGUAUGGAACCUCUGUUCAUAAAAGAGCAACCUCAGAUUCAGCUUUGGCAUUCAAAAGCAUAUUUAUCACACGGAAAACUUUCUGUUACAGGGUGGUUUAAUAGUAGUGACUAAUAAUGUAAACUGUACUUGUUUUAAUUGCAAUGUUUUUAUAACCCGCCCUGGGACCCUUUGGUAAAUGAUAAGCUAGAAGUAUAAAAUUUAAAAAUACGUGUUAUCUCUGUCACUAACUUUAGCUGAAGGACAAGUUCUCAAUAUUGGAUUUGCUAAACGUUUGCUAAACCCAUUCCAUACAGGGAUUGUAACGUUUUAUAUUGCCCCAAUUGCAUAGAAAGUCCCUAAUAUCACUACUAGUUCCUAAGAAUGUGGGGUGCUAGCAUAAAAAUUCUGCAUACAGUUAGGAUGUUAUACAUGUUGUUGUUGUUUAGUCGUUUAGUCGUGUCCGACUCUUCGUGACCCCAUGGACCAGAGCACGCCAGGCACUCCUGUCUUCCACUGCCUCCCGCAGUUUGGUCAAACUCAUGUUCGUAGCUUCGAGAACACUGUCCAACCAUCUUGUCCUCUGUCGUCCCCUUCUCCUAGUGCCCUCAAUCUUUCCCAACAUCAGGGUCUUUUCCAAGGAUUCUUCUCUUCUCAUGAGGUGGCCAAAGUAUUGGAGUCUCAGCUUCACGAUCUGUCCUUCCAGGGAGCACUCAGGGCUGAUUUCCUUAAGAAUGGAUAGGUUUGAUCUUCUUGCAGUCCAUGGGACUCUCAAGAGUCUCCUCCAGCACCAUAAUUCAAAAUGUUAUACAUAGUGAUUAGCUUUGAAAUGUUAUGUUUUAUUUUCACACAGGAGCCAGGGUAGUAUAGUUAAUGGUAGUAUAGUUAAAAGUAAAAUGUUAAACUGUUGACUAGUAUUUAGAGCUUUGGAUAAUUGGAAGCAUAGCUGCCAAGUUUUCCCUUUUCUCGCGAGGAAGCCUAUUCAGCAUAAGGGAAAAUCCCUUAAAAAAAGGGAUAACUUGGCAGCUAUGAUUGGAAGUAAUGUAUCGAGUAUAGCUCCAUAGACAGUAACUUGAGGUGGGCUGUCCUUCAAGGUGUAUUGAAACCCUAUCAUAACGUAAGUGGGAAAUGGCAAAACCAAAAUAUGGCUUAUAUUUUAAUAUAGCAAAAUGUAAUAAAAUGAUUUUAAUGCCUGCUAUUUUGCUUCUUACUGAAGAAUUAGAUAGAAUGCUGCCUACUCACGUUCUCUUGUUGAAAGGCACAGACUUGUGUAUGUCUUUUUUGAAAGAUAGUAGAAAGACUAGCAAAUGAAUGGAAUAAGCUGUAGCUGCAGUUCUACUGUUGGGCAGUAGUGUUAAUCUUGAUUAAAAAUACUGGCUUGCAAUAUAUUACCAUGGAAAUUCUGUAGUUUAACUAUGAACAUUAUAUUAAAAAAUCGCUGAAAUCCAUAUCGGACAAGCAGGAUCCGAUUAUGAAUGUCCUAUAAAAUUCAGACAAUGUUUCCUGUGUGUUCACAUCAUACUUACAGUUCACUUCAUUUUUAAAGCUUGUUGUGGGGUAUUCUUGUAAAAUGAGUGUGUAAAAAGAAUGAAGAAAAUGUAUUUAGAGGAAUAAUGUGUAUUAAAUUUAUCUAAGUCUCUUUCUGAUGAGUGCAUUAAUCUCCUUGGACCUCAGUUUAUUCAUAUAGAAAAUGGGACUAUUUCUUAUAGGUCUAUUGUACUGCAUUUUUUUUACCUGCUGGGAUAUACUAUGGAAUGUAUAUAUAGUGGGCACGUGUGUGUUUCAGAUCUAUGGGCCAAUUAAUUACAGUGAAUAUAUGGGAAGUACCUUUAAGAAGUGCUUGCUUUUUUCCUGCCUUAAACAGUAGUGACUAGGUAGGUGUAUGGUGAAGUGUUGGGACCCUUUAUAUAGGCUGUGGGGGUGUUUAUUUGGGGAUGGGGAUGACCGUGUACCUAAGGGAAAGAAGCUCCUUUUGCCUCUGCUGAGACUUAUGCUAUUGCCUAUGAGCUGCUCUCUUCAUACACCGCAGUACAGCACUAGUUUCAGCUUCAGAGCUGUACAUCCCGCCUCAGCCUUCUCCCUCUCAGCCAGUUUUAUAUUUACGCGCCCUUUCAAUCCCCGGUGACGUGUAC